UUUCACUCUCAGUGUUUGCUAAUCAAGCACCACCACAUACUAACAUACUAUACUAGUCAUGCUCUCAGAACCGCACACAACUUGUUAACGUCACCCAUGCCCAGGACUCGCAAAAAGAAGAUUCCUAUAACGAACACUGACAAAGCGAGCUCGUCGAGCACUCCCACCUCAAGUCGCACUGUCAUCCGACGGUUUCAUGUCCUACUGAAAAAACAGAGACAGCUGAAAAAUGCCUCUUCUGCAAAUGCUGAAGUACUCGGGGAAAUAGAACAUGAGAUCGAUGAGCUGGGGGGAUUAGCGGCCUAUCAGCGUAUGUCAAGUAUUGGGCAGGGGAAUGACCGCGGCGGCGGAAGUGAGAAAGUGCUCAUACAGUGGCUGAUUCAGAUGGAACUUCGGAAGAGGGAAGCUGAAGGGAAGCUGAGGCUUCUGGAAGUUGGCGCUUUAAAGCCUGACAACUAUCGAACAUGCAUGUCAUGGAUAGAUACCACACCCAUGGACCUUCGCAGCCGCCAUCCCUCUAUUGUAGAGCAGGAUUUUCUGUUAAUGGACGAGGAUGAGAAUCGAGGGAAGUGGGAUAUCAUCAGCCUGAGCUUGGUCGUGAACUUUGUUCCGGACCCGAGAGAUCGAGGGCGAAUGUUAUGCCUUGCACACUCUAUAUUAACCCCAGACGGCCUACUCUUUCUUGCGCUUCCGCUUCCGUGCGUGGAGAACUCGCGAUAUUUGACUUUCGAUAAGCUUCAAUCCCUCAUGGAUGUCCUCGGAUUUACUGAGGUCCAGCGAAAGUGGAAGAAAGGCGGGAAAAUGGCGUAUUGGUUGUACAGGAAAAGUGAGGGCGACCAUAAGACUCUCCACGAAUAUCGUAGGAAGACUGUCUGUAGGCAAGGUGAUAGAAAUAACUUUGCAAUCCUAUUGCCAUGAUCAUAGCACUAUUUACUGAUGACCGCGUAACGUUACAAAAAGUUCGAACUCAUUGGACCACUUUCCACGUCUCGCUGGUAAAGUAUGUUUAAGACCUAGACGAUACAGUCAGACUAAAGUACGUGUUAGUACAUAGGCGGGCGGGAGGACGACGGACGACAUACCCUCAGUCCAGGAUGAGUGACUGAGGGAAAAGGGUGUAGCUAAACGAGUCCUUAAUAUAUAGUACAUGUUGGCAUUCCAACAUCCGAUCUCAGCGGUUGGCGUUGGUAUCGGCUCCAACACUCCUCAACGCUAACCGCAUAACAUCUCCUCCUCGCCUGGAACCGUUCAGUGGAGCCCAAGGGCGCUCCUAAGACGCUUUUGUUAGGAUAUCGGUACUAAUAGACGAGUCUGGCCCAACGAGUGACUCAACCAAGACACACGUGUACCUAUG